AUGGCGCUAGUCUACGCGGCGGCCGCCGACGCUGACGAUGAGCGGCUGCAGCAGCCCGCCUUUCCACUGGGCGACGAUGCCGAGGAGCCGUCCGACGCGGCUUCGCAGGCGGCACCGCCGGCCGACGGGCUCGAGUACCUCCGGCGUGUCCGGCGUCAGGCGCGUCAGCUUCCGGACGUGGUUCGGGCUGAGCCUCCGCCGCCUGAGGACGGGCCGGCCUCCGACCCGGCCUUGAGGCCCACUGUGGCUGCGCUCGCGCGGCCCCUGCCGCCCUCGCCCGCCGCCUGGGUGCCGAGUCGAGACUGGGAGGACGAGCUGCUCGCCGACUUUCGCGCUCUGUCGAGCCGCCUCGCCACAAUCGCCCCAGGCGCCGUGCUCGCGGCGGGCGACGCCUCUCCGCCGGCGAUGCCGGCGAUUUCCGACGCGGAGGCGUGGCAGGCCUUCUGCGUGGGCCCGCCCGCGAAUGGCGGUGGCGGCGGCGGCGGCGGCGGCGGCGAGUGGCCGCGCCUCUCGGCGGUCUGCCGGCUCGAGCAGCGAGCGGCGGUGGUCGUCCUGCAGGCGCUGCACGCGCGCCUCUCGCGCGACGCGGCGCUCUCGCAGCCGCUGGCGCGCUGGAUGUACGCGCUGAUGCUCCGCCUGGAGCCCGUCCUCCCGGCCGAGAGCGCGGCGGCCCUCCGCGCGCUGCUCCGCACUUGCGCCGAGAUGCGCGCAUCGCUCGUCGGCGGCGCGAGCGGCGCCGGCGCGGCGAGCGGCGCGGGGCCUGCGGCCGAGGAGGAGGCGGCGGUGGUGGAGCAGGCAGCGGCGCUGUCGACCAUCAUCUGCAUCGCCGGCCGCCAUUUUGGGCAGGCCUCCGAGGAGGAAUUGGCCGCGGUGGCGGGGGCGGAGGAGCAGUGA